UAUGUUUUACUUUCUCUUGUCUAGGGAUUCUCUUCAAUAGCAUACUUCUAUUUGCUGUGCUGCACACUGGAAUUUAAAGGGGCGGAUUUUGUGUAGCCUAGUCUCUGUCGAAUAAAACAAGAGCUUUAGCUAAAGGAUUUAACCGGUAAAACAAGCGACUGGUUUGUGGGUGAACCAUUCGUUAUAAUUCGGCGGAGGGCCAUAAUCUUCAAGGGAUCAAGGAUUACACCUCAACAUGAGUGAUAAGGGCACCAUCUCAGCAAAAGAGGGAGCAGAGAAGAGGGGACGUGGAAGGCCAAGGAAACAGCCACCGGUGAAAAGUGGUUCUGAUGAGCCCAGUGGGUCCCCUACCCCAAAGAGGCCCAGGGGACGGCCAAAAGGCAGCAAGAACAAGACUGUCACCAAGGGCAAGAAGACACCAGCAGCCUCAACUGCAGGGAUGAAACGCAGGGGAAGACCUAAGAAGGAGCUGACCUGUGGGACUCGUCCUCAUGCGAUUCUGAGGACAGGUAAGGACGAGGGGGAACAAACACUGGGGGAGACCUGGGGCUCUGGGGAGAAAUAUGAGCGUCGUCUUGCCAGCGCCAAAAUACUUGCUCUGUAUUUAUGUCAGGACAAAGAGCUGGAGCAGGAGGGAUGGAGGCUAGGAAAUAGUUCUUAUGCAAGGGUUAUGUUGGAAGCUAUGAUGCAACUAGUGGCCAGUUGUACGCCAGAGAUGUGAGAAUGUUUUAAGUCUGUAUAUCUCCCGAGCUUGAUUGAGCGCCAGCGGAAAGAGCUCAAGGAACUCUUGGCAAGCCUGUACUGGACUGAGAGACUUAUUAAGGAGUCUGAGAGACUUAUUAAGGCGUGCUAUGCAUCACUAUGUACAGUUGAAGUCGGAAGUUAGGUUGGAGUCAUUAAAACUUGUUUUUCAACCACUCCACAAAUGUAUUGUUAACAAACUAUAGUUUUGGCAAGUCAGUCAGGACAUCUACCUUGCGCAUGACACAAGUAAUUGUUCCAACAAAUGCUUACAGACAGAUUAUUACACUUAUAAUUCACUGUAUCAGCGGGUCAGAAGUUUACAUACACUGCCUAUACACAGCUUGGAAAAUUCCAGAAAAUGAUGUCAUGGCUUUAGAAGCUUCUGAUAGGAUAAUUGACAUAAUUUGAGUCAAUUGGAGGUGUACCUAUGGAUGUAUUUCAAGGCCUACCUUCAAACUCAGUGCCUCUUUGCUUGACAUCAUGGGAGCAUCAAAAGAAAUCAGCCAAGACCUCAGAAAAUAAUUUGUAGACUUCCACAAGUCUGGUUCAUCAUUGGGAGCAAUUUCCAAAUGCCUGAAGGUACCACGUUCAUCUAUACAAACAGUAGUACGCAAGUAUAAACACCAUGGGACCACGCAGCCAUCAUACCGCUCAGAAAGAAGACGCAUUCUGUCUCCUAGAGAUGAACGUACUUUAGUGCGAAAAGUGCAAAUCAAUCCCAGCAAAGGACCAUGUGAAGAUGCUGGAGGAAACGGGUACAAAAGUAUCUAUAGUAUCCACAGUUAAGUCCUAUAUUUACAUAACCUGAAAGGCCAAUCAGCAAGGAAGAAGCCACUGCUCCAAAACCGCUAUAAAAAAGCCAGACUACGGUUUGCAACUGCAAAUGGGGACAAAGAUCAUACUUUUUGGAGAAAUGUCCUCUGGUCUGAUGAAACAAUAAUAGAACUGUUUGGCCAUAAUGACCAUUGCUAUGUUUGGAGGAAAAAGGGGGAGGCUUGCAAGCCGAAGAACACCAUCCCAACCGUGAAGCACGGGGGUGGCAGCAUCAUGUUUGCUGCAGGAGGGACUGGUGCACUUCGCAAAAUAGAUGUCACCAUGGGGAUGGGAAAUUAUGUGGAUAUAUUGAAGCAACAUCUCAAGACAUCAGUCAGGAAGUUAAAGCUUGGUCGCAAAUGGGUCUUCCAAAUGGACAAUGACUCAAAGCACACUUCCAAAGUUGUGGCAAAAUGGCUUAAGGACAACAAAGUCAAGGUAUUGGAGUGACCAUCACAAAGCCCUGCCCUCAAUCCUAUAGAACAUUUGUAGGCAGAACUGAAAAAGCGUGUGCGAGCAAGGAGGCCUACAAACCUGACUCGGUUACAGCAGCUCUGUCAGGGUGAAUGGGCCAAAAGUCACCCAACUUAUUGUAGGAAGCUUUUGGAAGGCUACCCGAAACGUUUGACCCAAGUUAAACAAUUUAAAGGCAAUGCUACCAAAGACUAAUUGUGUGUAUGUAAACUUCUGACCCACUGGGAAUGUGAUGAAAGAAAUUAAAGCUGAAAUAAAUCAUUCUCUCUACUAUUAUUCUAUCAUUUAACAUUCUUAAAAUAAAGUGGUGAUCCUCACUGACCUAAGACAGGGAAUUUUUACUAGGAUUAAAUGUCAGGAAUGAUGAAAACUGAGUUUAAAUGUUUUUGGUUAAGGUGUAUGUAAACUUUCGACUUGAACUGUAUGUUCUGUUAUAGAGCUAUUGAGGAACUGUCAAGUUUAAACCUUUAUCAGCCAUUUUAUUUACAAAGAAAGAAAAUGUGUCUUUGCCUUCCAGACAUGCUUUUAUUGAGUCGAUAGUGCACUAGAGUGAACCACUGUUACUUGUCUGAAACACAGAUCAGUUGGUCUUUCAUUUUACUUCAUUCAUAUUGUAUCUGCUUCGUAUUAUGUACAUACUAUUUUCUACAUAUUUACACAUCCAAUCUUUUUGUUGUUGUUACUAUUUUUUUUUGCACAAUUGUAGGUUAAGUUAAUUCAGAAUAAAACAUGCACUGAAAA